CACUUCUCUCGAUCUGGGCGAUCUCCAGCUCGCCUCGCCGCUGCCCUUGGGGCACGCCAGCAGUGUCGUCGCUUGCACGCGUUGCGCAGCAUGCGUGCUGACGCCGCUGAUGCAGCGCUCCAUGCGCCGGCCGGCCGCCUGCGCUGGCUGCUGGUGACGCUGUCGGCCUGCGCUCCCCGCCCCGCACCGCCGCGCACACCAGCCGGCCGCUUCUUCGCGCCCGCUGCCCGCUGCCCGCUCAGCCGGCUUCGCGACGCUGGCCUCAUAAAGGCCUCUCUCGCUUGACCCUCGCCUCCGCUCUCACCCACCACCAGCACCAGCCUUUGCACAACCAAGCCCACCUUCACCCAAGCCUCACCCUUCUCCUCCUUCUGACAAGAUGUUCGCCGCCCGCUCCUUCUCCGCCCGCGUCGCCGCUCCCGUGCGCGCGCGCCUCUCCUCGACGCUCACGGGCGCCGCACCCAAGGUGCCCUCGGCCGCGGCGGCCGCGUCGACGUCGAGCAGCGCAAACCUCACCACGGCCGCCUCGAGCUCCAGCAUGGGCGAGACGGCCGCCUCGUCGCGCCACACGGUCAACCUGGCCGGCAAGGUCAUGAGCCGAUCUCGCAUGUUCGCAACCAACGCCUCCGAGUCGCUGCCCGGCCUCUCCGAGCUCAGCCCGGCGCAGGCCCGCGCCCAGCGCGCACAACACCGCAUGCGCGACGCCAAGUCGCUCGCCGGCAUCCUCUAGAGGCGCUCUUCUAGGCCCGCAUCUCUCGCCAUGCACUCUAGACUGUCAUCGACUCAAGGCUGCAUCACGUCGGUUUCCAUCGCUACCCACCUUGCGCCAUGCAGGCACCGUCAACGAGGGCCCGUCGAGGCUGUCGUGCCCAUCACUCGCUCGGCCCCCCAUCGCUACACUCCCUCUCGCUCUUCUUCUGCCUCUCAUCGCCUCGCUAUUGCCCGCGCUUCCCUAGCCAAAGCGCCUUGUACCACCAGCCUCACUUCUCUCGAUUCCCAUUUGUACCGCUCAUACAACCACACUCAGCUCUGCUAUUCUCAACUAUCAACUCGUUACUGCU